AUGUAUCUUUGGAAUCACCUUGUACUAGCAGUGCUUCCAUCAAUUCUGUCCACAACUCUGGGGCAGAAUGUUUUGGAUUUGAGUGGUGAGGGAUGGACUGUUAGUAGCAAGACGCUGAAUGUGAGCGUCCCUGGCCGUGUCCCCUCACAGGCGCAUUUGGAUCUUCUAGCUGCAAAUUUUAUUGAUGAACCCUACUAUGGGUUGAAUGACUUCGACUUGCGUUGGAUCGUGGACAGUAAUUGGACUUAUACAAGUAAACCAAUCAGGGGCUUGUCAAGAAACACCAAGUCCUCCUGGCUCGUGUUUAAUGGGCUUGACACUUUUACAGCAAUCGAGUUCUGCGGUCAUUCGAUAGGAACUACAGAUAAUCAGUUCCGACAGUAUACCUUUGACAUCUCGAAUGCCCUGAAACAUUGCAAGGGCUCCCCGAUCGUUUCUCUCGAUUUUGGAAGUGCCACUAAGAUCCAAAAUGCGAUUGCCGCUGAUCCAAACUCCCCCAAAUGGCCUACUGGUGUUCAGCAAACCUUUGAAUUCCCUAACCGCUGGUUUAUGCGCAAGGAACAGUCUGACUUUGGCUGGGAUUGGGGCCCAGCGUUCUCGCCUGCUGGUCCAUGGCAGAAUAUCUACCUGGUGCAGUCCGAGAAAGAGGAAGACUUAUAUGUUCUAAACACAGGAUUUGACAUCUAUCGAAAGGGCCAGGUCAAUCACCUUGCUCCCGAUCAGAGUCAACCCUGGGUUGUGAAUGCAAGUAUUGACUACCUCGGCCCCCCGCCUACCCAUCCAUCGAUGUCUAUCGAAAUCAAGGACAUCGAGUCGGACAAAGUAUUGACGGCCGGAUCGUUGGAUAAUGUUGUUGUAUCUGGACAAACAAUUAGCGGCACUACUAUAGUUGAUGCAACAGCACCGAAUCUCUGGUGGCCCACAGGAAUGGGGAAGCAAAGCAUGUAUAACGUUACAGCCACUAUUCAGAACAAAAACCAGAACCUCGCCAGCGUAGCCAAACGCACUGGCUUCCGUACUAUUUUUCUGAACAGAUCCAACAUCACCGAUGGCCAGCUGGCGCAGGGCAUCGCACCCGGCGCGAAUUGGCAUUUCGAGGUGAAUGGACAUGAGUUCUACGCCAAGGGCUCGAACCUCAUUCCACCGGAUGCUUUCUGGCCGCGGGUCACCGAGGUCAAGAUGAAACGACUGUUUGAUGCCGUAGUCGCUGGAAAUCAGAAUAUGCUCCGGGUCUGGGCUUCAGGUGCUUACCUUCCGGACUUCAUGUACGAUCUCGCCGACGAACGCGGAGUGUUACUAUGGAGCGAGUUCCAAUUCGGUGAUGCUCUGUAUCCCACGGAUCAACCGUUCCUUGACAAUGUUGCUGCCGAGAUCGUCUACAAUACGAGACGGGUCAAUCAUCAUCCAUCCUUAGCUUUGUGGGCUGGUGGAAAUGAGCUUGAAAACUUGGUGCUACCAACUGCUAAGAAAGCGGAUCCUGCAUCCUACGCCCACUGGCUUGGCGAUUACGAGCAUCUGUUCAUCUCUCUGAUUCUCCCGUUGGUUUACGAGAACUCGCGAUCAAUUUCAUACAUGCCCAGCAGCACCAACAACGGUUUCCUAGAAGUUGAUCUGUCUGCCCCAGUUCCUAUGGUAGAACGUUAUGAAAAUGGCUCAGCAGAAGGCUAUUAUUAUGGUAACACAGACUACUACCAUUACGAUGCCAAGGAGGCCUUCAACUCCGCUGACUACCCCAUCGGCCGCUUCGCCAACGAAUUCGGCUACCACAGCAUGCCGAGUCUGCAAACAUGGCAGCAAGCCGUAGACGAGAAGGACCUCCACUUCAACAGCAGCACCAUUAUGCUCAGAAACCACCACUACCCAGCAGGAAGCCCAGGCACCCACAACUACAGUAACUCGUCUAAGGGCAUGGCCGAAAUGACCAUAGCAGUAGAGCUAUACUACCCGAUCCCCGACAAGCAAGACCCCAUUGCCAACUUCAGUUCCUGGUGUCACGCAACCCAACUUUUCCAAGCAGACAUGUACAAGUCCGAAAUCCAGUUCUAUCGUCGCGGAAGCGGAAUGCUAGAGCGCCAGCUCGGCUCCCUGUACUGGCAACUCGAAGAUAUCUGGCAGGCUCCGACGUGGGCUGGAAUCGAGUACGACGGCCGCUGGAAGGUCCUCCACUAUGUCGCCCGCGAUAUCUUCCAGCCCGUUAUAGUCUCCCCAUUCUGGAACCAUACGACGGGCCAUUUGUCUAUCUAUGUGACUUCGGAUCUCUGGGAGACUGUCCGGGGAACGGUCAAACUUACCUGGACGGAUUUGUCUGGCAAGCCAAUCCACGGGAACGCGGGUACUCCCUUGACAAAAGAUUUCUCCGUUGGAGCACUCAAUACUACCAAUAUCUACGAAACCAAUGUGGCAGAGCUGUCUCUGUCUGAUAUGAAGGAUGCCGUUUUGGUUAUUGAUCUCACUGCUCAUGGCCAUCUCCCGAAUGCUGAAAGCAAGACUUUAACUACUUUCACGCACCGGAACGAGUUUACGCCCGUCUUUCCUAAGGAGCUGGCACUGAAAAAUCCGAAACUCAAGCUGUCGCGUAAUGCAAAGACUGGUGCAUUCACCGUCGAAGCUCAGAGUGCUGUCUCGCUGUAUACAUGGCUUGACUAUCCUGCUGGUGUGGUGGGAUAUUUUGAGGAUAACUCGUUCUCUUUACUUCCUGGUGAGCAACGGACCCUGAAAUUCAUUGUGCAGAAGGAUGAGACUGGGGGUAGGUGGGUGGAUGGUGUUACCGUGCGCAGUCUGUGGGAUCAGGCUACCAAGAAUUGA